AAAGUCUGCCUGUAUAGAAAGGUACUUCCAGCAGCUGCAUCCACUGCUCUGUGCUGGGACCAUGGAGCUUCCCCUGCUGUGCACACUGCUGGUGUUUGCUGGUGUGAUUCCAACCCAGGGCGGGAUCUUGAACCUGAACACGAUGAUCAAACAGAUGACCAGGAUGACACCCCUCAUCUCCUACUGGUCCUAUGGCUGUCACUGUGGACCUGGGGGCAAAGGUCAACCCAAAGAUGCCACAGACAGGUGCUGUCAGAACCAUGACUGCUGCUAUGCUCACCUGAGGCAGCACCAGUGCCGUGUCCACACAGACCACUACAACUACACCUUCUCCCACGGGGACAUCCAGUGCCCGGACAAGGCGAGCUGGUGCGAGCAGCAGCUGUGCGCCUGUGACAAGACGGUGGCCCUCUGCCUGAAGCAGAACCUGGAGACCUAUCAGAAGCACCUGCGUUACUACUGGCGUCCCCGCUGCAAAGGCCAGACCCCCACGUGCUAGGAGUAGCCCAGCCUGCUGCCCUGCACUCCCUCCUCCGUUCCUCAGCAUCUCCGGCUCUGGAACUCCACCCCUGCCCCAGCGUCAGACCCCCCCUCCACUGGCCUGGGAGGGUCUCAACCACGCCUCACCCUCCUUCUUGUUCUUGGACCUUCCAAAUCUUUCCGGCUGAGGCAGACGCUCCUUCUGAGCAUGGAUUAAGAUCUGAGAAGAAGCCAAGUCCAGGAAGCCUCCUAGGGAUGGUGUUUGGGCUGAAGAUGCAGGUGUUAGGGGUGGGGACUUGGGGGCCCUGGUGUGGCGGGUCCUCCCUGCCACUGCCACUGCCACUUGACAGCCUGAGUCUCCCCCUGUCCAACACACUGUCCAAGCUGCAGCUGGGAUGGCCUCUCUGAAGGGCAAUGCUGAUCCUUCUGUCCACAUGGCUCUACUUCUUAAAAUCCAAAGCCCCCCACUGCCCCCGCCCCAGGGAGGACCUCUCACAGAGUUUGGGACCCGCAUUGUCCACCACUAUGUCGCUCUCCCAAACUAGGCUGGGCGGUCCUUGUGGGAAGCACCCAUGACCAUUUUGGACUUGUUGCAUCUGUGCACCCAAAGUCGUACCCAGGAUCCAGAAGGAACUCCAUGAAUCCCUCUGGAGCUAAAGGCCAGAUGAAGCUGCCUGGUCCUCUUGCUCCAGACUCAGGUCCGCACGCACACCUGGUGUGUCCUCUCCUGCUUCCAGGAGCUUUCUCAGGCUGGAACUUUGGCGGAGCUCUCCUCCUGCCAUCCCCAGGUGACCAAGCCCCACCGAGGCUCCUCAGGGUCCCAGGGCCACUUGCAACAGAAGCCUCCCCUGGCUAACUCCUCCUUGGCUCUGAGGGCUUGUUCUGUCCUCCAAACCCACAUAGCACUUUAUGGGUCUGUAAUCUACCAGGUUUGAUCUUAAGUGGAAUAUAACAUCUGGCCUUUUCUGAUCCCCUCCCACUGGACUAGAGCUCCUGGAGGACAGGGGCUUUGUCUCUCAUCUUUGUUUCCUCUGCUCCCUGAAAUAGCAAAUGGGCUCGAUUAAUGCUCAUAGACAAAUGAGCCCAUGAUGGAUGGAUGGAGGUUGUGGUAGAUGCUGCUGGUACCCCACCCAGAUCCACACCUGGCCCUUUCCCCAACAUCCCCAGAUGUUUGGCUGCUGUG